GGCGGUGAGACCUGCCGGAGAAGUCUGUGGAGAGGCAGGAAACGCGCUGUUGUGACCGGGAAUCAGAGCAGGUUCGCGGCUGAACGCUCCACCGCGCGGCCGUCGGCAUGAGGAGAGUCACGGUUUUCGUCAGCGGGACCUCCACCAACGGAAAGGUGGUGGCGCUGUUCGGGUCCAUGGAGGACCUGCUGAGCGCGGCCAGCUCCAAGCUGGGGGUCCGGGCCUCCAGCGUCUACAACGGAAACGGGGGCCUCAUCGACGACAUGUCGCUCAUCAGAGAUGAUGACGUGCUCUUCAUCUCAGAGGAGGACUCCUGUGAAGACCCUCGGAGUCAGACCCACACCGACUGGCUGACGCUGAACGUGGGGGGCCGCCUCUUCACCACCACCCGGAGCACGCUGGUCAGUAAGGAACCGGAGAGCAUGCUGGCGCACAUGUUCGGAGGGAAAGACGUUUGGGCGAACAAGCGGGACUCUCACGGGGCGUACCUGAUCGACCGCAGUCCCGAGUACUUUGAGCCCAUCCUGAAUUACCUGAGGCACGGACAGCUGAUCAUCAACGAGGGCAUCAACCCUCUGGGCGUGCUGGAAGAAGCUCGCUUCUUCGGCAUCGAGCAGCUGGCUGAGCAGCUGGAGACCCUCAUAAAGUCCUGCCGCCCCCCCGACGACCACUCCCCCCUGACCCGAAAGGAGUUUAUCCGCUUCCUGUUGGCAACGACCACCAAGUCGGAGCUGCGCUGUCAGGGGCUGAACUUCAGCGGAGCAGAUCUGUCCCGUCUGGAUCUACGCUACAUCAACUUCAAGAUGGCUAACCUGAGUGGAGCCAACCUGUCCCACGCCAACCUGAGCGGCGCCAACCUGGAGCGGGCCGACCUGUCCGCGGCCUGCCUGGACUCAGCCAACCUGCAGGGCGUGAAGAUGCUGUGCAGCAACGCAGAGGGCGCGUCGCUGCGAGGCUGCAACUUUGAGGAUCCUGCAGGAGUCAAAGCCAACCUGGAAGGGGCCAACCUGAAGGGCGUGGACAUGGAGGGCAGUCAGAUGACGGGAAUCAACCUGCGGGUCGCCACGCUGAAAAACGCCAAACUGAAGAACUGCAACCUGAGAGGAGCCACGCUGGCCGGGACCGACCUGGAGAACUGCGACCUGUCCGGCUGCGACCUUCAAGAAGCCAACCUGAGAGGCUCCAACGUGAAGGGCGCCAUCUUCGAGGAGAUGCUGACGCCGCUGCACAUGUCACAGAGCGUGCGAUGAAACGUAGGACGUUUGAGGUCAACGCCCAACCGUGAUGCACGGCUUCGAUUCCUCGACGUGAAGCUCGUAUUUUUCUGAAACGGAACCGUUUUGGAUUGUUGUUUUAUUUUGAAAUGCUGUCGUACUUAUGCUUUUAUUUUGAAUGUCAGAAACACUAUUAGGUGUUUUAUCCUUGUCUGCUGAGUCACUGGUUGCCAUAGUGAUUCUGGCCUUUUCCUGCAUGAAGUUUAUUUUGAAAUAAAACGUUUUCAGAGAUCA